CUCCCAACAACACGCCUCCUUCGACAUCCGCAACCUCACCUCCUCGGCCUUCGUUGUGUCCUCGCCUCUCUUACCAGCUCCCUUAGUUAUGUCGUGAGCCUGCGACGUUCGGCUCGGCUCUCUUGCGCUCUGUCAAAGACAGGAGGCUCAUCCCUCACCACCCGCCUCCGACAAGUAGCUGUCACUCUUGCUACCAUGGCGGCUAUGGAUAACGCCAGCUCUUUCGCGCAAGGCGAUAUACCCGUGAAGCUACGUUGCGCUAUAGACAGCAAGCUCGUAGUCAACGCGUUCCGUCUCCCAUGCUGCGAUCAGAAUAUCUGUGGUUCUUGCCAAAGCGCUCUGCCUGAAUCAUGUCCUGUCUGCGCCCACAGCCCCCUCUCCGCCGAUGCUUGCCAACCGAGCAAAGGCCUCCGCCUGACAGUCUCCGCAUUCAUAAAGAAGGAAGAGAAGAAGCGCGAGAAGGAACGCGCAGCAAACACGCCAAAGCCUGCAGCCGCUACUGCUCCGGCGCCCUCGGCGACGACCUCGUCGAGUGAGCAAGCGCUCGAUACCUCAGAUCAGCCCUUUCAGAGCGUUGAAGCCUCCUCAAGCCAGCAGGAUAACCCCAAUGUGGACGGAGCUUCGACGACAGAGGUAGGAAUCGCAGGGUCAGAAGCUCCGGUUGAUGACAAUCAGGCACCGGAGCAGCAACUCGUUGAGGCAAGCUCGCUGCCUCAAUCUCUCGAUGCCCGACGGGGCAGUACGGCACAAGCUCCAACCUCAAACAAGAGCGUAGGGCGUACCUCAGCUGCUCCUGAGAGCCAACCACAAGACGCUCAGACUGGUGUCCAGAGCGGUGAAAAUGCCGAGGGACAAGACUCAUCCACAAUGUGGAACAAUAUGAACGGAGGCCAAGGACAGAUGUACCCUGGUGCAUUUGGAAACUUCAACAACGGCAUGGACUGGAGCGGCACCACCGGAUUUAACCCCAUGAUGCAAAUGCCAAACGGCAUGAACAGCGGCGACUGGAAUAAUUAUUCGUCAAUGAUGAGCAUGCCAGGCAUGAACAUGGGGCCCAUGUCGCAAGGAAUGUUUGGAGGUUUCGGAGGACAAGGCAUGGGCAUGAAUGGAAUGGCAGGCAUGAAUAUGGGAAUGAACUAUGGCGGUGGUUAUGGCGCGGGAUGGAACGGGCAACAGAUGAGUGGCGGUCACUUUGGUGGCGCGAAUGCAGGAUAUUAUCCCGGUGGUGGAUAUAAUCAAUCAUCGCAGGGAAAUUUCCCACAUCAGAUGCACCAGCAACAGUUCCCCAAGAAUAAUUUCCAGAACCAAAAUCGUUUCCAAGGCCAGGGGGCGUAUCCACAGAGGGGCGGUUUUGGUCGAGGUCAUCAAGGCAAUCUUGCCACUCAAAAUCAUGGUCAGACCUACGGUCAGAACCAGGUUCCCACCUACCAGAAUCACUCCGAGCAAAAGAGCGACGACACCACCGACAGGCAGACUUCCUCGGGGCUACAGGAUUCAUCAAUUCGAAUGACCGUGGAGCAAUCACAAGUUCCUCCAGAUACUGAAGCAGAAGGGGUAGAUGGCGGACCAGAGAAGCCAUCUGAUUCAGCGGAGAAUCUUGGGCCUGACGUGUCUACUGGAAAUAGUGAUAUAAAGGCAGAAGGUGAACAGAACGCUAACAGUAUCAAUGCAUCAGGUUCAGAACAUGAAAACAACGAAACCUUAGAAACGAGCGCAUUGACUAGGCCAGCAGAAGGAUUCGCCGAAGAUACCUCCAUGAAUGCCAAUAUGGAUACACCUACCCAGCAAUUCCAACCUAUUGCCACUGUCGAUACGUCGGAACCGUACUCUCAACCGUUUGACCAUCAAAACAUGAACAUGAACAUGGGGAUGGAAAUGGGCAUGUCACAUGAUAUGAUGGGUCAAGUUUAUCCCGGGCAGGCCCACCAAGUGGGUAUAAUGAACGGCUACUCGCACAGAGGCCGUGCGGGUGCACGGGGUGGAUUUGGACGCGGCGCAGGACAUGACUUUCGUGGCGGUUUUGGUGGACGAGGUGUUCAAGGUGGGGGGUUCAUGUCUACGGGUGCUUUUGGUGGUAGUAAUACAGCCGUUCUACCGCAUAGCGGAGAUGUGACGGUCUUGACUCCUGGAGAACCACGAGGCCUGGGUGUUGAAGGAGCCCCUACUGGUCCGAAGGCCAUGCGUGAAGGGCGCCCCAACACGGGAUUUGCAAGCCGUGGACGAUUCUCUGGACCUCAGGCAUCAGGAGCUGCACACGUAACCCCCGAUGUAUCUGCGACGGGAUCACAGACCCGACCUAGGAGCAAAACACCUGUACGAGACGACUCUCUCCGAGUCCGCUCCAAAUCGCGAUCAAAGUCGCCCGUGAGAGCAAAGUCAAAAUCCAGAUCUCACUCCCGAUCGAGAGAGCAUCGACGAUAUCGGGACCGCUCCCCUACUCCCACCAGCGAGACUAAGUCACGUGAGAAGCAUCAGGAGUACGACGACCGUCGUCGCUCUUCACGGAAGUACAACGACGAUGAACGUGAAAACUUCCCCGAAGAAUCUUAUCUAGAAGAAUCAAAGGAUAAGAGCAAGGAAGAACCAUCUCGAGGCACUUCAGUCGAGUCGCGGUACCGCAGCCGGCGUGACCGAGAAAAGCACCGUUCAUUACGCUCUCACCGAGACCGUAGUCGCGAACAUCGACGCCACAGACACAGAUCCCGUUCAAGGAGUCCCGUGGUUGACGAACCGCUCGAAGGGGAUGAGAAUGGCAACGACCUGCCAAGCGAAUCCAGCAGCCGACGUAAAGGCCGCAGUGAGAAGUACAGGGACCGAGAACGAGACCGCGAACGAGAGCGAGAUAGAGAUAGGGACCGUGAGACGGAACACGACAGAGAUAGGGACCGAGGGGGAAAGGAUAGACGUAGGGACCGAGAACGAGACCGCAAACACUCACGACGGGACCGCUCCAGAUCCCCCCGAUACGCCUCAGACGAUGAACGUCCCCAUCGCUCGUCAAGACCAAGCCACAAAGACCGCGAACGGGAUCGUGAAUACACACACGGCCACUCACAGUCAAGAGGCCAUUCCCCUCCUAUUACCGCUCCCACCGGGCCCUCAAAAGCCCCCGUGGCGGAAACAGAGUUCAAGAUUCAAGGCCGCUCCAAAGCCCGCAACUCGUCUACUGUCGCGCCCAUCGCAACAAACAUGCCGCCGCCUACGCAGCCCAAAUCUUCUCAAGCGGUCUUCCAACCCCCCAAAGGCCCCGCUGCCGAACGCUCCCACGACCGGGACCGCGACCGUGGCUCCCGUCGCCGUCCCUCAUCCUCCGUCCCUUCAACACCCAUCACGCCCACUACUCCCACCACUCCGGCAGUCGACCCGCACACUCUUGAACGUGAGGCCCGCAACCGCGAGCGCAUGCUAAAAGAAGCGCAGCGCCGUGCCUCGCUGCAGAACCCAAAUUCCUCGUUCUCGUCCGCGGAGAAGAAGCGCUCCAGAGACGCCGUUGACGAUGAGGACGAUAAGCCAUUCACGCCGCCCACGGGCCCGAGCUCGCAGCGUUGGAAGCGGCGGCGCGAGAGCGACACUGGCGUCAGCUCGAAACUAGAAGAUCGAGUCGGCGGGAAGGGGAAGAAGGGGCGGGAGGCGCGGCGGAUGAGCUAUAAGUACGAAGACGAGGAGAAUGAUGAGGCGAGGGCGAGGCGGCUGGAUAAGAUGGAGCGAGAAAGGGAAGAGAGUCGGUGGAAUUGAAGGGGUGAUUGGAUGGGUUUGCGGAAAGACGCGUAUAGUGCGUCUGCGUUCAGCGAGAGUGAGGGAUUAGGGGAAAGUGUGUAGUUCCAUGCACUGUGUUCUAUUUCCCCUGCUGCGAUUGCCGUUUUCGGGUUUUCGAGCGAGUUCGUGUGGUUUGCUUUGCCUCUUGGCCUAGACGGAGGCUCCUCUGGGCACGUCGGUGCCUCUGCUAUGAGCUCAUCUCCACUUUGCGUUGGAAGGUUGCUUUUAGGACGAGGUCCUGAGCAUUGGCGGGUUUGGCGUUUGCGUUCGUGGAAAAUGCCAAUAGGUACAUAACAUACAAUCAAGACAAAUGAUCUUCAUGG